UGGAGCAUGUUUGGAUGCUCGGUCGGGCGUAAGAAGAAGAGAUCUUUGAAGAACCGGGCAGGGAAGAGAGCUAGGAAGAGCAGCGGGGGAAAAAGGGCAAGGGGAAGCAUGCCGAGGAGGAGGAAGAGCCGGAAGAGGAAGAGGAGGAAGAGGAGGAAGAGGAGGAAGAGGAAGAGGAGGAAGUGGAGGAGGAGGAGGAGGAGGAGGAGGAGGAGGAGGAGGAGGAGGAGGAGGAGGAGGAGGAGGAGGAGGAGGAGGAUGAGGAGGAGGAGGAGGAGGAGGUGGAGGAGGAGGAGCAGGGGGAGGAGGAGGAGGAAGAGGAAGAAGAGCAGGAUUAGAAAGUGGAUGCCAAAUGGAGGAGUAGAAGGAGGACGAGGAGGGUAGGUGGAGGUGUAGGAGGAGGAGUAGG